CCAUUCUUUUUUAUAUAAAUGGCUACUUGAAGAAAUCAACAAAUACUUUUUCGCCCUUUUUUUUUUACUUUUUAUUAUUUAUUUAUUAUGGUGUCAACACAAUCCAUCAUGGACCGGGACUCGAUCCCCGUCUUUUUGAAAAACUUUUUGAAUAAGCGGACGAUUGACGACAGUUUCAUGUCCAAUUUUGCAACCAUGGAAUCCUUACAAACGAAAAAAUCGACUACGUUACCCAUGCGAACCUCCGUCUCUUCCUAUUCUUUAAGAGAGGCCCGUUGCAUCGAUAAGAAACGGACAAAAAUGUAUAAUAUGAAAGGCCCGCUGCCUCACAUGAUCAACACACCAUCCUUGUCUUCGUCCAUUACCACCACCACAGCCUCGACCGGACCUUUGAGUCCAGAAGAUAUCCUGAUUCCUGUGAAUCCACCUUCGGCCAUCUCGUUCGCCUCGGACACAUCCAGCCAUUUCUUAACUCCGACGUCGUCGGCUAACCCCAUUGUCACUCAUCCGCUCCGACAAAGAUCCCACAGUGACGAGACCGGGAUUCACCAUCGUGGAGCGCAUCAACGAUCCCUUAUGGCCAAUCGAUCGCGGUCGUCGUCUACCUCCUCUUACACGCUGUGUUCAUCCUCAGCCAGUGCACGAUCCAUGGUGGGGUCAAGGCUUUGUCAUUCAGAUGCAGCCGCCACAUCCGUAGGUGCUCGUGCGGCCCGUGCGCUUGCAGCCGUGUCAGAUGCCCACGAUACCUUGUCCAUUCACCAUACCAAAGCAACGAAUUUUCCUUCCAUCUCAAAAAUUCGCAAAGGUACCGUCGUCGAUCGACCGUACAUUUUGUCCCAAGAUAACCAGGAACAGGACCGUCUCACGGCGCAGCAUUACGUUUUACGUACCGCUUUUGAUGGCGACUUUUCCGCCCCACUUCAGUCGAUGCUCCAAAAAGGCUGCGUUGUAUUGGAUGUGGGUUGUGGGCCGGGCACUUGGACCAUGGAAAUGAGCACCAGUUUUCCGAAAUCGACCUUUAUCGGCCUUGAUCAAUCGACCUUGUUUCCUCGCGACAUUAAACCAAAAAAUUGCCAUUUUCGUACAUGCGAUAUCACUCAGUUGCCGCUGCCUUUUCCGGACAAUAGCAUUGAUUAUAUUUUCCAACGUGACCUCAACUGGGCGUUGCCGGCCCAUCUAUGGAAUACACUGAUCAAAGAGUACUUUCGCAUCCUGCGACCAGGCGGAUGGCUCGAAUUGAUGGAACAAGACCUCGAAAGCCAGAGUGGCGAUCAGAAAGAAUGUUACAUCAAUAACAAACUGUUACAUGGAUUUACAUUGCGGGAGCAGGAUCCUUAUAUUGCACGUCGUUUACCUUCGGUACUUGCUGUGAAUGGGUUCCGAAGGGUGGAAAGUCAGUUUCAAUCGUUGCCACUUGGAUGGGGAACGAGUCAUGCUUCACCUUCGCCUUGCCAACACGCCAAAGCAUUGUCGACCAAUGCUUGUUCCGAAUUUGCCCGAGCCGUUGCCAGUCAACAGCUCUUCACGCUUCGAUCAUUGCAGCCUUGGCUGUCGUUGAUGACCACCAUGAAUCCCGAUAAAUUCGAAUCCUUUAUCAGCGAAUUGGCCAUCGAAUGGAAGAAAUCUCACACUUAUAUCAACUGGCACUGCGCAACCGCCCAGAAACCAUACCAAUGAAAAGAGAAUAAUUCCUACUCUUUUUUUUUUAAUUUUUGCGGAAAAACGCAAAGGCAGAGUCCUGUUGCUCGCUUGUAUCAUUGUUUAUUUUAUCUUUGUUCCCUUGUACAAAAAAAAAACUUUUUUUCACGCAUGCCCAUUUAAGAUACUGUACACUUUUUUUCUCCUAUUAUUAUGGGACCAUCUUGCCCAAUAAAAAACUAACCAGAAACAAGGACCGGUUGCGAAAAAAAGGGGUUUGAUACUCUCUUUGCACAGGUCCUUUUUUUUUUACUGUUG